AAAGCUUCUUCUACAUACAAACUAGCUAAAAUCGAGUUUCAGAAAACACUAUCUGUGCCGGCGAUUGCUUUUUUUCGAUAACAAUGGGGAAGAAAAAGUUCAUCGACAAGAAGAAAUCAGCUACUUUUCAGUUAUUCGCCUGUGAUUCAUCGGAUCCGGCUUACGAAUCCGGGUCCUCCGGCGCUGACAGAGUGUUCGUCAGAGUUGACAACAAUACAUCCUACUCAGUCGACGCCUUUCACUCCGCCGAUCAAUUUAACCCAGAUGACCCGAAUUCGAUAUACGCGGAUGCUCCGGAAGAUGAAGAGGAGUACAAUGGGUGGGCAGCUGGGUAUUCGGGUACCGGAAAUCAAACUGUGCUGUUACCUGAUGAUGUUAGAAAGGAGAUAUUGGAGCUAGGGUUUCCUGAUGAUGGGUAUAAUUACUUACAUCACUUGAGGGAGAUUAAGAAUACUGGUGGAGGCUCUGCUUAUUAUGAGAAUCCUAAAGCUAAGUUUAAUGAGCUUCCUCGUGAUGUUAAGGCAUAUGAUGCUUCAAGAGUUGCGGUUGCAAAAGUGGAUGAUGAUUCCAAUGAGAAAUAUGUAUACAAUGUGGCAGCCAAGACGGUAGGGGUAAGAGUUCAGAAGGCAGUGGAUCCUGAAGUUGCUGCUUUGCUAGAUGACAGUGAUUUGUCACGUUUUGGGUCUGAUGAGGAGGAUUUAGAGUUGGAAGAAGAUUUUGUUAUCACGGCAAACCUACCCGAUGAGGCAGAUACUGUGGAACUUGACAAGAAUUUAAGCUUGCUAGAGAGAUCAGACGUUGACAAACUAGGAAGCAAUGAUACGGCUGGACAUGUGCAGAGAAAUGAGGCCAAAUUUGCGACUAUUGAAGAGAAGCCAAGAGCACGCCGCCCUCUGGAUGAACAGUUUGAUAUGCUUGAACUUGAAGAGUAUGGAUCUGAUACCGAAGAAGAAUAUGAUGGUGAUAUGAUUGAGGAAAAUGAAUGUCACGAAUCCCUUGCAGAAAAGCUUAAUCAUGCAUUUAAGGAGUGUGCCAUUGAUGGCUUGGAACUCAAUAAUUAUGGACCAGAUAAUGCAGAAUUGCUUGAACCUGAAGCUGAUGUCAUAAACAGGUGCAGAGAAUAUGCAGAGAAGUAUGAAAAUGAAGGUCCAGAGGAAGAAGCAGCUAUUUUUGAUGAAAGCAGCAGUGACUCAGAAGUAUGGGAUUGUGAAACUAUAGUGUCAACGUAUUCAAAUCUUGAUAACCACCCUGGAAAAAUUGUAGCUCCUGAAGCGAGGAGAAAAAAGUUGCUCCCUGCUAUUUCUGAAGCUUCGCCUAUAAUAUCCCUCAAAGGAAAAGCAAAUCUUCCUGUAGACUAUUUGCCUAGCAAGGGAAAGCAUGCCUUGCUAAAGGAGGAUAAGAAAAAGCAAGGUUCAGAAAAGGAGGGAAAGGACAACUCAAUGAAGGAGCAGCUCAAAAGAAAGCAACAUGGUCAAGAGUCAAAGGAGGAAAAGAAAGAAAGAAAGGCUGCUGUGAAGGAAGAACGGCGUGAGGCGCGCCGUAUGAAAAAAGAAACGAAGGAGCUAUACAAGUGUGAAGCACAGCGUGCCCAGAAGGUUGCUGCUUUUACCGGUCCAUCUGCCAUACAUCUCAUGUGACAUUAUUUUGGUUGUGUACUUUAAAGUCAAAGCCUUUGCAGCUGUAGUUGAUCCUCUAUUGCACCCAAAAUGAGAGCUUUUUGUUGACAUGUUCUUCAAUUAUCAAGACGAUGUUCGAAAGCUUUUCUAUUCUUAGAUGGUAUAUAAUACAUGAUAGAUCCUCGAAACAGUUCUCAGUUACAUAACGUAUGUGCAUGGUCAAGCAGAGUUGCAAUUUUGAUGAAUAUUUACGGUUUAAUUGGUGGAAUAUGCAGACUUGUGGACAUUCUAUGUA